AUGAUCUGGACGUUCGUGUUCAUAUUCAUUUUAGGAUGUUUAACCACGUUCUCGAGCCUGCGGGUCAUGUUUCGAUUCACUGCGAAACAUGACGAUUUGAAUUUUACACAAUUGGUAGCACAACACGGUUACCUUAGUGAAAACUACACCGUGCAGACGGAGGAUGGAUACCUGCUCAGCUUGUACAGGAUUACUUACAGUCCGAAAUGUGAUAGUGAAAAAACUAAAACACCAGUGCUACUUGUAAAUGGCCUAUUGGCUAGUGCGGACUGCUUCUUGGACGCUGGAGUUCACAAUGGACUACCGUACUUACUUGCAGACUCUUGCUUUGAUGUAUGGGUCGGCAACGCUCGGGGCACUUAUGAUGGCAGGAGGCAUAUAGCCCUGGAUCCUGACAGUGAUGCGGUCUUCUGGGAUUUCUCCUUCGAUGAAAUUGCAAAAUAUGACGUACCAGCUACCAUUGAUUUAGUGCUAAACCAUACUCGAGAGCCUCAACUUAACUAUAUUGGUGUUUCUCAAGGCGCUGGGAGUUUUUUGGCGAUGUGUUCUGAACGACCAGAGUACAGUGAUAAAGUGAAAGUGUUGAUCGGGUUGGCGCCAGCGGCCAAACUUAACCGCGCAAAAUCCGUAUUUUUCAGGACAGUUUCUACAAUGGUACGGGACCACCACAAUAUUUUACAAGGGAUAGGCAUGGUAGAGUUCCUGUGGAAGGGAAUUAUGGAUCCGGUAAAUUUACUUUGUCAAUAUAUGCCUGAGGCGUUAUACAGUUUAAUAUCUAUUAUAGAUGCGCCACAUCCAUCAUCAGUAUCGACGGAAACCACAAAGGAAAUACUGACGCAUUUCCCGGCAGGAACUUCGACCAAGAACAUAGUUCGCUACGGACAAAAUGUAAACGUUGACAGGUUUUGUAAAUUUGAUUAUGGUCCAGAGAAGAAUAUGAAGUUGUACGGUGGAGAUCCACCUGAUUUUAACUUGUCAACCGUUAGAAUGCCAACUUAUGUUCUCCUUGGGGAAAACGAUGGCUUGAUAUCCACCACUGACACGGAGUGGCUUGUGAGCAAACUGCCCAAUGUUAAAGAGAUGGUCUUAAUGGAAGAUCCUCAUUGGAAUCAUUUAGAUAUGGUUAUUAAUAAAAAUAUAAGUAAAGCGUUGUUUCCGAAGAUUUUGAAAUACUUAAAACUUUAUAAUGAUAAUAACCAAAGUGUUGUUACAAGUACGAUAGGAUAUAAGUAUGUGACACAAGUUUGA